AUGGAGGUCUAUCGUACUCUACAAUCUGUUCCUGGCAACAAAUUCACUCGUAUACAAGAAUUACUCGGCUCUGGUGAACUCCCAGUUUUCUUCAAAAGUCAAAAUAGUCUACAUAAAUUCUACAUUAUGACGAGAUAUAAUAAUCUGAGAGAUGUCAAAACAUGGCUUACAAAUAUACCUGGAUUGUCUGAGGCAAUGAGAUUUAAAGCUGCUCGUGAGACUCUCCUUGCCUUGAAGGAACUUCAUCAACUUGGCUUUGUCUCAAGGGAUGUCAAAUUGGAAAACUUUGGAGUUCACAUAACUAAGGAUCAUCAUCUGAAAUUCUACAUCUACGACUUUGAACUGUCUCAAAAAUACAAGGAUGUUGAAACGGGCAAACCAACUGUUCAAAAAAUACGCGGUUCAAAGGGUGAUGGUACAACAGAAUCUGCCCCUUUGGUUCAAAUGACUGGAUCUAGGCGGACAUUUCCUGUUGACGAUGUUGAAGGAUGGUUUUACUGCUUGUAUCACAUUUUAUGUGACUCGAUUCCGUGGGAUACUAGAUGGCCGCAACCGGAAUUCCGUGGAUCUACUUAUGCGACGCCGUAUUCGGAUAUUCGUUAUACUAAACAACAAAUGCAUAAAACUGGAAGAAUUUAUUGUGCAAAGAAAUAUGAUUGUCUAAUGAGUGCUGUCUUCAAUGUGAUUCUCAAAUGGUCGAAAACGCCAGAAGUGGUAGAGGCGCGUUUCUAUGAUGAGAUAUGCUCAAUUUUGAAGAAGGGAGUGCACAACUGUGGAAAAACUGAAUUGAUGGAUUGCAACAUUCACUGCAUGAAGCAUUAUAAGAAGCAUCAACGUCAUGACGCUUAACAGUUUUUUUAUUAAA